AUGAAUUUGGUGAAAAAGUUUAAGAGAAUGUUAAGAAGUCGUAAGAGCAUUUAUCCAGAUGAAACUUGCAGCGGAAGCUAUGUGAAAUUAUCAUCAGAUACAAGCCGCAAAAAGCUAAAAGACAGUCACAAGAAAACACCAAACGGUUGUGUUUGUGUCGACGUUGGACCUGAGAGACAGAGAUUUGUAAUCAAGAUCAAAAUAUUCAAUCAUCCUUUGUUCAAAACGCUUUUGGAAGGUGUUGAGAAUGAAUAUGGAUAUAGAAACGACGGUCCUCUAUGGCUUCCUUGUGAUGUUGAGUUUUUCUGUGAAACACUUGUGAAGAUAGAAAGUGUUUUUCCAAAGAGUCACACUUAG